AUGGAAGGCAGGCUUCUGUAUGAUGGCUGCGCUGCCAUAGAAGAACGCGUGCGGAUAGCACUGCACAGCACAGACUCUGCGGUGGAAGAGUAUUUAGCCAGAGUGGCUGGCUACAGGGAGAUUUCUCUGCUGGGCACCAGAAAGAAAGAGCUGCCACAGCACCCGCAUGCUAUAUGCUUGAAAGAGAAUAAAAUGUACAUUGGCACAUGGGAGGGCGAUGUGUUUGUCUACGAGGAUUAUGUGUACCGCGAGAGAUUCAGAGUAGCAGAGAGCAGAGUAGUGAAAAUAGAGGAGUACAGGGAGGGAGUGCUUAUAGUGCAUGCGAAUGGCACUAUUUCCUACGUAGAGAAUAAGAAGGGGGCAGUGCACAAAGUAGAGGGAUACAUGAAUGGUGUAAUGCAUCCGUACAAUCCCUGGCUUAUAUCGCAGACUGAGACGAGCAUGCACGUAUUUGACUUCAGCCAUGGUAAGGGCAUUUUCAGUGGGUUUAGCAAGGAUCUUUCCGUCUUUGCUGUGCAUCCUGCGGGCUCUUGUCUUCUCGCAGCACAGAAGACUGCAAGGCUGAUAGACCUGCGGACCAUGGAGAGCAGUGUAGAGAUGGAGAAUGUGUUAGAGAUGAAGUGCGGGCUGUUUCACUCAUCGUCCGUUGAGAUGGUAGUUUCAGCGAAAAAGAGAAUAAAAAAUAUAGACAUACGGACACUGACGCACAUAAACCAAAUAAAAACAAAAACAAGUGCAACUGUCCUGCAGGAGUACAAACACAGCGUAUUUUACUCAGGGCCUGAGCUGUACGUAAGAAGUGUGUGCCCAGUCACAGGCAAGUCGCUCUUUGUGCUUGAGAAGACAGCGAAGUACAUGGCAGCAAAUAGCACAGACCUAGCCAUUGUAGGAGCAGAGAGGGUGGUAGAUAUUAUAGGUCUAGGGUCAAAAGAGACUGGCUAA